GCGCCUUUCCACAUUUAUUCCUCCGCCGCACGGCACCACCACUCAGUACCCCCGCGGAUCCUCGUCAACGCUCCCGGGUCAGGUGCAGCCACAGAUCUACGCAUAUAUCCGCGCCCGCUUAUACACGCACCGCGGCUCCCUCGUUUCAUUUUUUUUUUCUAUUCUUCACCGGCUGCCCCCUUCCCCACUCGAACCUCCUCCUCCUCCGGUAUAUGCUUUUCCUCCCGUGCCUUCCCUUCCUUCGCCGCAAAGUUUCCUAUUGAGAGAGAAAAUCAGGGGAAGAUGAAGCUGGUGUGGUGUCCGGAGAUGGCGUCCAAGGCCUACAUCGAUGGCGUCAGGGCGCUCGCCGGCCUCAAUGACCUGGCCGGGUCGGCGGAGGUGGCCGAGCUCGUCGCCGCCAUGGCCGGCGGUUGGAACGCGCAGCUCGUCGUCGAGGCGCCGGACGUGUCGGCGCAGCCGUCCAACGCGUCUUCCCUGCCGCCCGCCACGAGCCUCGCGCUCGCCGCAGCCGCGCGGCGCACGGGCGGGCGCUACGCCAGCGUGCUCCCGGACCCGGAGGGUGACUCCGCGUCCGCGGUCUACGCCGGCAUCGUUGGCCCGCAGGAGGAUGAGGACGCCGGAGCGGAGUCACCCACGGUUGUCGCGGGCAGCGACGCGGAAGAGGCGAUGGCGCGGCUCGAGGGCGUGGACCUGCUGGUGAUCGACGCGCGGCGGCAGGAUGAAGCCGCCGUGCUGCGGGCGGCCAGACCCGGAGAGAAGGGCAUGGUCGUGGUACGCCACGGCCACGGUAGGCGGCGCGGCGCCACGGCGCUGGCCGCCGCGACGUCCAUGGCGGCUGGGACCAGGCUCGUGCGCUCCGUCUACCUGCCCAUCGGCAAGGGCGUCGAGGUCCUGCACGUCGGCGUCGGAAAGGGGCCUAGUCUGCAUGGCCGGGGCGGCCGCAGAGCGACCGGCCGUUGGAUCCGGCACGUCAACCACAACACGGGCGAGGAGCAUGUCUUCCGGCGGCAGUAGUUGAUCCGUGCUUCGAUCGAUCGAUCGAUCUGCAUGCGGCACCGUCUAGGUGCCUCAAAGUCAACAAAAAGUUCGCUAUACAAAAGGCAAUGGGUGUUUUUGUUAGAUUCGUUGAAUCUGCCCGAGAUAGUGAUUCGCAUGUCAAAAAAAAAAGAUGGGUGAAAGCUGAAAAGUGUGACGAGUCAUGAUGUGAAUAGCUAGUACCUUCUUGAUUAGCUCCUUAAUUUGUGAAUGCUUUAAACCCGUACUAUUCCUUGGCUGUUCCAAAAUUUCUUUUCAAAUAGAUCCUCACACUGCUUUUGUUUU